AUCACGAGCUUCUUGAAGACACCAUGAUUGACAGCAGCCUCUCCCACACCAUUCCUGCAGACACGAUGAGCCUUGCCAUGGUGAUGCUGUACGACCUCCAGGACAUUAAGUUCAUCCCCCGGAAGCGACCCAGUUCUGACCCAGUGGAGCGGCUGGCCGACGUGGUAGAGAUGGAGAGGUAUCUGAACAGUUCCAGGACCAAACUGGCGGCCUCGCUGGCCCGCUGCCGGAUUAGAAGUGGCCUUCUCUCCAUCGACGCCGUCCUGCCGGAGUCUGUGAGGAAGCGCCGGGAACGUGCCUCUUCCCUGCCCCUGUUUGCCUGGGUCAACAGCCUGAAAACCUGCCUCGAGGACGUCUGCAGUGCUCUGGAGGCGGGGGGCUUUUCUGAGGUGAACGGCCUCGAGCAGCUGCAGGGGGCUGCCUUCUGCCGGGACCCGCACUGCCGGGACCUGCUCGCCUUCCCUUCCCGCCUCAGAGGUCGCCUCUACGGCUCACCGCUUUUCAUCCACCGGCGGCUCCUCGUUCAGGAUAAGUGUCGCACUUUGGCCCUGAAAUGCAUGAGCCCCCUGCUGGCCAAAGGGAGUAACCUGCUGCUGGCCGGCGCCCUGUCAGCCUCCAGCAUCGCCCACGCCGCCGCCCUCGCCGCGUCGCACUCCGCCCACGUCUACAUCUGCAGGGCCAGCCACAUGGGGCCACAGAGAGGGGAGCUCCAGCGCUGCCUGUCCGACAUGGGCUGCAAAAAUGUGAGACUUCUCCCGGAGCUCUUCACGGAGCUGGAGCCGAGCGACAUGCUGCUGUACAGAGUCCAGGUCAUCCUGCUAAUGCCUCCCUGCUCUGCCUCUGGGGUCAGCGAUCCUGUGCAGUUCCUCCUGGCCGAGAGUGGAGACUUGGACCUUCUACCAGGCUUCUCCCGCGGUUCACUCUCCUCACAAAAGCUUGCCGACCUGGAAGACAGACAGACGCAGUACCUUACUCACGCCAUGAUGUUGCCCAAGGUGCGGGAGGUGGUGUACUGCACAUGCUCCGUGCGGAGGGAGGAGAACGAGGACGUGGUGGAGAGGGCCCUGAAGCUGGGGGGAGGGGCCAGGCACCAACCGUUCAGGGUGAAGCCCCUGGCACUGUCUUCCAUCAGCAUGUCCCCAGGGGGGGGUGCUGAUGACCCCUUCUUCAGGACAAGUCCCUCCGAGGACAGUAAUGGCUGCUUUGUAGCCUGGCUUACCAUGGAGCUGGACCCAGAGGAGGAGGUGCAGAAAGUUCUGGAACGAGCGGCUGCUAGGGGCCUACUUGCCGAUGGCGUGGGAGGUGUGGAGGCCAGUCGGCCACCCAAGACGACGAGACGGAGACGGAUGGGGAGCGUCACACUGGGCACUCGCCCCGCUGCCCGGCCUCGGGGCUCCUCCAUGAGACAGGUUCACUCUCAGGAGGUCCCAGAGGCUGGAUCCCAACCUGGGGGCAGCCUUAAAGGCCCCGUCAGCAAGCGCUCAUCACGGAGGAAGGUGGGAAAGCGAAAGGCAGCAAAACGAGCCUCCAAGGCUAAGACUGGGAGCCUUGAUCCAUCACCUUUCCUUCGCUGGCCCCGCCCCAAUACUGUCAACCAAUAACAAGCCCCACCCCUCACACAUUGCCAUUGGCAAAUGUGG